GACGAACAGGUAGUAUUGCGACGCCAUAUUGUGAGCGGAAGCAGUACUGGUGGCGCUAGCUCUAAGACUGAAUACGAGGGGGGAACGGGCAAGGCUUUGAUUUGGUGGCGGAACUGCAAGUUACUUUCUGUCCUUUUGGCUGCCCUUCACAGUUUUAAAAUAGCUGGAAGUAGAGUGAAGAUGCCGCUGGCGCAGCUGGCAGAUCCUUGGCAGAAGAUGACAGUGGACAAUGUGGAGAGUGAGAAUGGGAGUCAGAUUGUAGAUUAUCCUAUGGAAGAAGAUGAUUCCUCUUCAUCACAUGAUGAAGGAAAUGUUAAAGAAAUAACCAUCACAAAUCAUGUAAAGGAAGGAUAUGACAGAGCAGAUCCCUCACAUUUUGAACUGUUGAAAGUACUGGGCCAAGGAUCCUUUGGAAAAGUAUUUCUUGUAAGAAAGAUUUCAGGACUGGAUGCUGGUCAACUUUAUGCAAUGAAGGUUCUUAAAAAAGCUACACUUAAAGUUAGAGAUCGUGUUCGAACAAAAAUGGAGCGUGAUAUAUUGGUGGAAGUAAAUCAUCCUUUUAUAGUAAAAUUACAUUAUGCCUUUCAGACAGAAGGGAAGCUGUACCUUAUUCUGGAUUUCCUCAGGGGAGGAGAUUUAUUCACAAGGUUAUCCAAAGAGGUCAUGUUUACUGAAGAAGAUGUGAAAUUCUAUCUUGCUGAGCUGGCACUCGCUUUGGAUCAUCUUCACAGUCUAGGAAUUAUAUACAGAGAUCUGAAGCCUGAAAAUAUUUUACUUGACGAUGCUGGGCAUAUAAAACUAACAGAUUUUGGACUGAGUAAAGAGUCAAUAGACCAUGAAAAGAAGGCAUAUUCAUUCUGUGGCACAGUAGAGUAUAUGGCACCAGAGGUAGUUAACCGUCGAGGUCACACGCAGAGUGCUGAUUGGUGGUCUUUUGGCGUCCUCAUGUUUGAAAUGCUGACUGGUACAUUACCAUUUCAAGGCAAAGACAGAAAGGAGACAAUGACUAUGAUUCUUAAAGCAAAGCUUGGAAUGCCUCAGUUUUUAAGUCCUGAGGCUCAAAGUCUUCUGCGGAUGCUGUUCAAACGAAACCCUGCAAACAGAUUAGGAGCUGGACCUGAUGGAGUAGAAGAGAUUAAGAGACAUCCUUUCUUUGCUACAAUAGACUGGAAUAAAUUAUUCAGAAGAGAGCUUCAUCCGCCCUUCAAACCUGCAACUGGGCGACCAGAAGACACAUUUUAUUUUGAUCCAGAAUUUACAGCAAAAACUCCAAAAGAUUCUCCUGGCAUACCUCCUAGUGCCAAUGCACAUCAGCUCUUCCGAGGAUUCAGUUUUGUAGCAAUUACCACAGAAGACGACAAUCAGGGAAUGCAGAUACAAACUAAUGCAAUUGUACAGUUACACAGAAAUAGUAUCCAGUUUACUGAUUCAUAUGAAGUUAAAGAAGAUAUUGGAGUAGGUUCCUACUCUAUCUGCAAACGAUGUGUUAACAAAAGUACAAAUAUGGAAUAUGCUGUAAAGAUAAUUGACAAGAGCAAAAGAGAUCCAUCAGAAGAGAUUGAAAUUUUGCUUCGAUAUGGACAGCAUCCCAAUAUCAUCACUCUAAAGGAUGUGUAUCAUGAUGGAAAGUAUGUUUAUUUAGUAACAGAACUCAUGAAAGGAGGAGAACUUCUGGACAAAAUUCUUAGACAAAAAUUUUUCUCUGAACGGGAAGCUAGUGCUGUCCUUUAUACAAUAACAAAGACUGUUGAGUACCUUCAUACACAAGGGGUAGUGCACAGAGAUUUAAAGCCCAGUAAUAUUCUGUAUGUGGAUGAAUCUGGCAAUCCUGAAUCUAUAAGAAUCUGUGAUUUUGGCUUUGCAAAACAGCUGAGAGCAGAGAAUGGCCUUUUAAUGACUCCAUGUUAUACUGCUAACUUUGUUGCUCCUGAGGUUUUAAAAAGGCAAGGUUAUGAUGCAGCAUGUGAUAUAUGGAGCCUCGGUGUUCUUCUUUAUACAAUGCUGAUUGGGUACACCCCAUUUGCUAAUGGUCCUGAUGACACUCCAGAAGAAAUUUUAGCACGAAUAGGCAGCGGCAAGUUCUCCCUCAGUGGAGGAUACUGGAAUUCAGUUUCGGAAAAUGCUAAGGACCUGGUAUCAAAGAUGCUGCAUGUUGACCCUCACCAGAGAUUGACAGCUGCUAUGGUACUUCGACAUCCUUGGAUAUUGCACCGGGACCAACUGCCACAUCAUCAGCUGAACAGACAGGAUGCUCCUCACCUUGUUAAGGGAGCAAUGGCAGCCACUUAUUCUGCAUUGAGCCGCAAUCCCAUGGCACCAGUUCUCGAACCUGUAGGUCGCUCUACCCUUGCACAACGGAGGGGUGUUAAAAAGCUUACCUCAACUGCUCUGUGAAGUGAUGUCUGCCUUUAAACCUUGCUUUUUUGUCAAGGGAUGUCAGCACAUCACAUCAAGACAACAAGCACACACUGUCCUAGCUGGUACCUGUCAUACUGCUGCUACCUUCGGAUCUCAUUGCUUUAAAAUUUUGAAUGCCAGUGUAUUUCCUAGAUGAACAAUGGAAGAAAGACUGCUGGGGAUGAAAUCAGUAAUAAAAGUAUUCACAAUCUUGGACUUGCUGAAAAGCUAUUUCUGAUCCAAGGAUGCUACUAAAAGUAUAAUGCUAUACUGGAAAAAGUACUGUACACCAGUGUUCAGUGUGAAUGAUUCGUGUCCCCAUUAGUGUUAUUUUAAAAUAAUUAUUGAUGUUUUUUUAUUUUCAGCACUUGAGAAAAAGAAAUAUAUUGCAUUAUCACUGUAUUCUCUGUGCCACCUGUACAUGUCAUACAUGAACAUAUUUUGUAAACGGUUUGGUUUGCAUUAUAUUUGUUUGAUUUUAUGUUUUUUUAGCAUCUGUGUGUCACUUGGUUGGACUUUGAGGGCGAGCUUAAUGAUUUAUGCCUGGUCAUUAGGUUCACUCAGAGCAAUUCAGUAAAGCAGUGUUGGCAUCUCUCUGAGACAAGCAAGUCCUUUGCUGCUUGACUGUUAAACAGCCUUUGAAUGUAUUAUUAUCAGGUUCACAAUCAAUACAAAUUUUGACCAUAUAAUGUGCGUUUUGUUGUGAGUGAGAGAAUGGUUCAUUGCUGUAUGUGUUUAGGGUAGCAGAGUAUGGUGAAGGGUGGAGGUUUUGAUGUGUAAUCAUUAUAGUAUUAAAGUUAUAUACUGAAUAUUCAGUAAUAUUUAAAAUGGAAAAUGUUGUCUGAUGUGUAUCAGAAGCAUGGGAGUAAGAUGGAUGGGCAUGUAAUAUUGUGUACAAUUUGAACUUCUUGGAUUUUUCAUCCAUGUAACAAAAAUAACUCUCAAGGUAACAUGUUCCUUGAUAGGAUACAAAUGUAAAGAUCUCAAAAAGUUUUUAAUGAUGAAAAUGUUGUACAUUUAUUAGUUUUAUCCAGUAUUACUUAUCCUAAUUAAAGGGAAGUUGUACACAUGAGGGAUGUAAUUAUUUUUGAAAUUAUUGGGAAAGAAAUCUACGUAAAACACAAAAUUACAUAUUAAAUAUUUUUCUACAGUUCUGUACAAUCGAAGUUUAUACAUAUUAUGCAGUAUAGGGUGUCUUUAAUAUUAAGGGUACCGAGGAUUUUGUCAGAUACUUCAUCAGUAUACACACAACUGGCAUUAUUUGCCAGGAACUUGAGUUAACAGUACGGUUGUUCAAAGAUGUUAAAUGCUUAAUAAGCUGUCAGUCAUUCAAGUGAAACAUAAUCUGUUUCAGUUGUAAUGGUGAAGGAUACUAGAUGGGCUUCACCACCUGUAUAGCUAUCAAAUGGCCAAUUUUUGUAAUCAUAAGACUAAAUAAAAUUUAUACAAAAUAAAGUUUCAAAUGUAUACCAAA